UAUCAUUUGGACACUCCCAGUAUGCGACGUCUUGUGUGGAUUUUCUGUGGCAUCCUCGUUGUUGUAUUUUCACAGAAAUCCAAAACUGACUUCAAUAUCCUCAUCACGAGAGACCCCAGGGUCGGACUUCAUCAUCCACCACGCACCGAGGAUCCACGCAGUAAUAUUAUACAAGGUGGACAGCUUCAGCAGCCUCAAAAACAUUAUGGAAUCACCUCCUCUAUCAGCCUGGCUUUUCCAAGAGAGAUUGAUAACCUUUAUACACAAAAAUUAAUUGAAGCAAUGAGACCUUUUGGUGUUUUUGAAGAAGAAGAAGAGUUAAGUCAUAGGUUGGUGGUUUUAGGAAAACUGAAUGAAUUAGUUAAAGAAUGGAUUGCAGAAGUUAGUGAUUCAAAGAACUUACCACCUUCAGCUAUAGCUAAUGUUGGAGGGAAAAUUUUUACAUUUGGUUCCUAUAGACUUGGAGUUCAUACAAAAGGUGCUGAUAUUGAUGCUCUUUGUGUUGCACCACGCCAUGUAGAAAGAUCAGACUUUUUCCAGACAUUCUUUGAAAAACUAAGAAAACAUGAAGGUAUCAAAGACUUACGGGCUGUUGAAGAUGCUUUUGUGCCUGUCAUCAAAUUUAAGUUUGACAGCAUUGAGAUUGACUUGUUGUUUGCACGGCUAGCCUUGCAGUCCAUUCCUGAUAACUUGGACCUUAGAGGAGAUUCACACUUAAGAAAUCUUGACAUAAGGUGCAUCCGUAGCUUGAACGGUUGCAGAGUCACUGAUGAAAUUUUGUACUUGGUGCCAAACAAGGAGAAUUUCAGGUUAACCCUCAGAGCAGUCAAACUUUGGGCAAAACGACGCGGAAUAUAUUCCAAUAUGUUGGGUUUCCUAGGUGGUGUAUCCUGGGCAAUGUUAGUGGCAAGGACCUGCCAGUUGUAUCCCAAUGCAGUAGCAGCUACUUUAGUUCACAAAUUUUUCUUAGUUUUUUCAAAAUGGGAGUGGCCUAAUCCUGUGUUGCUGAAACAGCCGGAAGACAGUAACUUGAAUUUACCUGUCUGGGAUCCACGAGUAAACCCCUCUGAUAGAUACCACUUGAUGCCAAUCAUAACGCCAGCAUAUCCACAGCAAAAUUCAACCUACAAUGUAUCCACAUCUACUCGAACAAUUAUGAAUGAAGAAUUUAAACAUGGUCUUUCUGUUACUGAUGAAAUACUGCAAGGAAAAGCUGAAUGGCCAAAGCUUUUUGAACCCCCUGCAUUUUUUCAGAAAUACAAGCACUAUAUUGUUUUAACUGCCAGUGCCUCAACGGAAGAAAAUCACUUGGAAUGGGUUGGCCUUGUUGAGUCUAAAAUCAGAGUUCUGGUUGGCAAUUUGGAACGUAAUGAAUACAUAACACUUGCACAUGUAAAUCCUCAGUCUUUUCCUGGGUCAAGUAUGCAACAAACGGAAGGUGACUUUGUGUCUAUGUGGUUUAUUGGAAUAAUGUUUAAAAAAGUAGAAAAUGCUGAAAGUGUGAAUAUAGAUCUGACUUAUGACAUUCAAGCUUUUACAGACACCGUUUAUAGACAAGCAAAUAAUAUUAGUAUGUUGAAGGAUGGAAUGAAGAUUGAAGCUACCCAUGUCAAAAGAAAGCAACUUCAUCAGUAUCUCCCCCCUGAAAUUCUGCAAAGGAAAAAAAAGAGCAUUGCAGAAAUUAACCGAUCUUCAAAUGGAGGUGCAACAAAAAGAACUUCACUGGAUGGAAACUACUUGGACAGCUCCAGGGACACAGAUUCGGGAACACCUUGUAGUUCACCAACACUAGCAUGCAAAUCCACCAGAUUGGAAGUCAGUGGAGAAGACUUGCAAAAUGUUCUACCAAGCAAAACGUUACCCUUUGUGUUGAAUGAUCUGGAAAUGGCUGACACAUCUUCAAAAGGAAUGUCUAUUCCUGUUAUUGCCACUGGUGUUUCCAUUGUAGGACAACCAAUACAGCCAGCUGUUGUGAGCACUAUUCCCACUGUUGUCCGUAGGGGUUUUACUUCACUGGCAUCUCCACCAAAUCACCAGCCUGGAAGUCAGAUGAUAAAUGGGCUGCUAAAUACUAAUGCCAACAGUGCUUCUAAAAGACCACAUUCACCUUCCAUGGAUGAAUCCCCCAAACGAAUAAAAGAUAUGGAAAUGCUGGUUACUGUGAGUAAUGAUUCUGCCUUCAAACAUCCAUAUCCUCCUGGCAGCGGUGGACUAGAGGAGCAGGAGGAACAGGAUGAUGUGAUAGGGAGUAAACCUAUGCCAAUACCAACCAUUGAUACAUCUAGAUCACAGCGAUUGCCCAGUAAGGAACUUCCUGAUGCAUCUUCUCCUUUGCCAACUAGCAAUCUUCGUGUAAUUAAAAAUUCCAUCAGGUUAACCCUAAAUCGGUAACCCAAGCCUAACAAGGUAAACCAGAUUUCUAGUUGCAUCCCAGGUCAAAAUAAUUACCAAUAUUUUUAUAAGACGAAACUGACUAUAAAACAUGUGCAUUUCAUUAUAACCUUGAAGAUAAUUUUUCUUGACAUAAUGUAUUACACAAUUAAUCUUGCAAUUUGUAGCCACUUCUCCCUGGUAUUACAACCAAAAUCACGUGGACAACGGAUCUUUGUGCAAAUUGCUAUAAGGGAUUCGUUGUAGCUACUUGACAUUCUCAGCUAACAUUCUAAACACAUUUUUUGUAUAAUAGGCAUUGUUGUAUAUAUAAAUAAGUCUUUAAAAUCACAGUCUUUUGAAUUUACAAGUUUGUACUUUUAAUAACUAAAAUUAAAAAAAAAAAAAGUGUUAAUGUUUUUGUUUAAGUGUGAGAGAUUUGUUAAGUAUUUCUGUUAGUUUAGAAAGUUUAACAUUUUGUUUUGAAAAUAUUUAAAAUAUAGCCCCACUGUUUUCUGCUACGUUGAUCUAAGCAGAAAAAAUAAAACUGAUUUUAAAUUGCUGUUAUUGAGUUGCUGUUUGGGGCAGAUGUUCAUUUGCAUGGCUUUUCCAGAGCUAACCUUUAUCCAUUGUUUCCCAAUUGUUCCUCUGAAAACUUAGUUUAUUUUGGAAAUCUGAUUUUCUUCUACCUGCCUCCUGUGGAGGCAAUGAUUGCUUUACUGCCAUAUAAGAAUCGUAACAGAUUAUUUUCAUCUAGAUACAGGAGGUGAAUAUUCUGCCUAGGUUACUUGUACAGAAAUGUAUUUACCUGUGCCAUGUACUUUGUUUAAACAGCAAAAGUUUAAAUUUACAUCUACUGUAUACAUUUUAUGCUUAAUGUACAUUUUUCUUAAAAUUCUGUUUCUGUUAAUUUAUCAUCAAUAGUUUUCUAGUUCUGUAUUUUUGGUCAGUAUAUUCUGCAUAUUUGAAAGGAUAUUUUUGUAUGUAUUGUUUAAUACUGAUAUCUGUAACUGGUUUAAAAACAAAAAAACUCAAAACAAA